CUCACGUUGCCGAUACUCUCUAAUUCCGUCAAAUGGCCGUGCUUCUUAGUCCUUACUGACCUCUUGAAUCCUUCAACUGUGACGACUUGAAGAUUCUCGAUGUCGCUGCAAGCUCUCAAUGCUACCUUUCCUGGCAAUUUGCUCGAUGGAUGAUCGGCUGCUGCUCACUAUACCUUGCAAUUCUCCAUCCGCUGUUUCUUCCUCCUACACGCGAAGCUCCCACUGCUGCAAUCCCUGACGAUCUUAUCUUCGCACACUCGAUGAGAUCCUCUCCUCAAGGCGUUACCUUGUGGCUCUGCGUCCUUCUCUUCGUCUACUUUGACGGACACUGGCUCUUAGCGCUCACGCCCACUCUGCAGACUGCGGCAACAUCGCGAGAGGGCUAUAUUGCGAAGCUGUCAGGCCGCAUGUCGUGGCACACCCCACCCCUGGUUAUAUGCAGCAUGAUUUGGCAGCGACGAGUGUAUGAGUCGAGCUGUAUCAUACCGUGCAGCACAGAACGUCAGUGGCUGAUGUGUGCGGGCCACAUCGACGGUGCCGGUGGAACACGCAGACCCAGCGGGGACAGAGACCUGGGAAGUGCUCUCAACUAGGAGUCCGUAUGCAGUCAAGCACCAAGGGAUUACGCACACAGCCAGCCUGAGCGGCAGCGGAAGCCACGAGGGCGGCGACGACGGCGAGUACUUUGAAUUGCUCUGGGUGAAGGCGAUGGGAUGUAUGUUUUUUCGAGACUGUACACCCUAUUUUAUAUUAUACCCACUCGUUGCCGACAAUGACAGAAAUCUUGGGCGCGAUUAGAUACGUACUUUCAUCGCAAAAAAUACAUCGUACGCCCUUGAUCGAGGGUUAAUAAUACCCUAGGCUGGGG